AUGGUGCUGGACGCGCUGCUCAAGAUCAAGAACGAGCAGGACCCGUCGCUCACCUUCCGCCGCAGCUGCCGCGAGGGCAUCUGCGGGAGCUGCGCCAUGAACAUGGACGGCGACAACGGCCUCGCCUGCCUCACCAAGAUCUCCUCGGCGUCCUCGGCGUCCACGGUCUCGCCGCUGCCCCACAUGUUCGUCAUCAAGGACCUGGUGGUGGACAUGACCAACUUCUACAACCAGUACAAGAGCGUCGAGCCGUGGCUCAAGCGCAAGGACCCACCGCCGCAGCAGGGCAAGGAGAUCCCGCAGACCAAGGCCGAUCGUGCCAAGCUCGACGGCAUGUAUGAGUGCAUCCUGUGUGCCUGCUGCUCCACCUCCUGCCCGUCCUACUGGUGGAACCCCGAGGAGUACCUCGGCCCAGCCGCGCUGCUCCACGCCAACAGGCUUCCGCUGUGGGGGACGCUUAUCAAACCAAAACCCAACAUGUUCAUGCACCUUCAAGCUCGAGGAUAUCACGGGGUGUCAGAGAAGAGAAACCUGCGGGACCACAAACGUAGAUUGCUUGCAGAAAAAUAUGAGCUGAGGGGAAAGCUGUAUAAGGCUGUCUGUAGGGACCCUGAUCUUCCAUUGGAUAUGCGGGAGAAGUUCCGCUAUAAGUUGUCCAAGUUGCCAAGAAAUAGCUCCAUGACACGCCUUAGAAACCGCUGCAUUUUCACAGGCCGAUGGAUACAGGACAGCCGUGACCAGUUCACCAAGGAGCGCCUGGACGCCAUCAAUGACGAGUUCAAGCUCUACCGCUGCCACACCAUCAAGAACUGCACGCAUGCCUGCCCCAAGGGCCUGAACCCGGCAAAGCAGAUCGACACGAUCAAGAAGCUCCAGUUGGACGCCUGA